GCUGCCCAAAUGGAUUUCUCAGCGACUGCAUCAAAGAGAGUGCUGCUAUUUCUAGCGGCUUUGCUAGUGUUAUGGACUGUUACUGUUGAUUCCGCGUCGGAUGAAGGCGAGAUAUACGCAGCAUGUAAUGUGGUGAAGUACUCCAAAGGCUCGGAGUUUGAUAGGAAUUUGGAGGCGCUCUUUAAAACACUGACAGAGAAAGCAGCUGACUCGGGCUUCGGCGCUUCGGUUUACGGGCGGGAGAAGCCAAACCAGCUGUCAGGGCGCCUCCAGUGUAGAGGAGAUUUGUCUCCCGCCGACUGCGGCGCGUGUUCAGCGGAGGCAGUGAAGGUCGUCCGCCGCGAUUGCCCCAACGCCAUUGGCGCACGCGUUCAGCUGGAGCAUUGCUUCCUUCGCUACGAGAAUUACACCUUUCUCUCUCAGUUGGACACCAACUACUGGUAUGGCCUCGUCAACGUUAAUAACAAUACGGACACCGGUUUUAAUGCUGCUGCUCACAGUCUUUUGGCGGAUCUGUCGAGGAAGGCCCCCGCCAGUCCUAUUAAGUUCGCCUUGGGGUCGUCUGUUGUUUCUUCGAAUGUGAGCAUCUAUGCCAUGGAGAUGUGCUGGAGGGACAUGUCGGGGAAAGAUUGUGCGGCCUGCAUUUCCAAGGGAAUCGAAAAGCUGUUCGACUGCUGCAGCGAAAAGGUGGGCGUUCAGGUGUUCAUGGGCAGCUGCACCCUGCGCUAUGAAACAUAUCAGUUUGCCAAGCACUAUUAGAGUUUUACCCAUCUAUCAGAUUCUCUUUCUGUAUGUGUGGUGAACAUGGAGGGCGUACUCGCUAAAUAAAGAAAUAGUAAUAAGAAUAAUGAAGCCACAGGUGAGAUCGUUGCCUGGCCUUUAGUAUUUCUAUGUUGGAUGCUUCAGACAUGAAUCUGGUAAAAAGAAAUAAAAAAGAGAGGAUCAAGGGAUUUUCUAUUCACUAGAACAACAUGGAAACAUUAUAAGUUAAAUAGUACGUAAAGCUGGAGAUUAAAGAA